GGGCGGAAAGCGGCGGGCGGGGCGAUGGGCCCGAGGCGGCGGCGGUGAGCGGCGCGGCCAUGGCGGCGGCGGCCCGCGGCUGCCCCCCGGCGGGCUCCGGGGACCGCGCCCUGGCCGAGCUACUGCUCGAGUUCUCCCGGGCACAGUACCGCGCCAAGGACGGCGGCGGCGCCGCCGCUGCCAAGGUGGAGCGGAUCGAGCGGCGGUGCCUGGAGCUCUUCGGCCGCGAUUAUCGCUACAGCGUGAUCCCCAACCUGCACGGCGAGGUCUGCGCCCACUACCCGCGCUACAUCGUCCUCCUGGAGCGCGACGCCGGCCGCGACCCGUUUGAGAGCACUGUGCAGGUUGGCAAACUGCAGGACCUCAUCAACCGGAGUAAGAUGGCGAGGUGUAGAGGACGCUUUGUUUGCCCUGUCAUUCUGUACAAGGGAAAGCAUAUUUGCAGAUCAGCAACUCUGGCCGGCUGGGGAGAGCUCUAUGGGCGCACUGGCUACAACUAUAUCUUCUCAGGAGGUUCUGAUGAUGCUUGGGCAGAUGCAGAAGACAUUUCUGAGGAAGAUCCUGCACUUAGAAAUGCAGAUUCCCAGCUGUUUGACAAGGUCAGAGGGCACGACAUCAAGUUGCUUCGAUACCUGUCUGUCCGAUACAUCUGUGACCUGAUGGUGGAAAACAAGAAGGUGAAGUUUGGCUUGAAUGUGACGUCUUCUGAGAAGGUGGACAAAGCUCAACGUUACGCUGAUUUCACGCUUCUCUCCAUCCCAUACCCAGGCUGUGAAUUUUUUAAGGACUACAAAGACCGGGAUUAUACAGCUGAAGGUCUCAUAUUUAACUGGAAACAGGACUAUGUAGAUGCUCCAUUAAGUAUCCCAGUCUCUCUGACCCAGUCUCUGAAUAUUGAUUGGAGCGAGUACCAGAGCUGGGACCUCGUACAACAGACACAGAACUACCUGAAGCUGCUGAUCUCCAUCAUCAAUAGUGAUGAUGACAGCGGGCUCCUGGUGCACUGUAUAUCUGGCUGGGAUCGAACUCCUCUCUUCAUCUCCUUACUGCGCCUCUCCUUAUGGGCUGAUGGGUUGAUCCACACGUCCCUAGAACCAUCUGAGAUUCUCUACCUGACAGUGGCCUAUGACUGGUUUCUCUUUGGGCACAUGUUAGUUGAUCGACUCAGUAAAGGAGAAGAGAUUUUCUUUUUCUGCUUCAAUUUUCUGAAGCACAUCACCUCUGAGGAGUUCUCUGCUCUGAAGUCACAGAGAAGGAAGAGUUUGCCACCUGGCUUCACCCUGGAAGAGAUCUGCAUGCUCAAGCAGAAAGACCGAGGCAGCACCACAAGCCUGAGCAGUGACUUCUCCCUAGGGAUGGAAAGUUCCCCUGGAGCAUCUGGGAGCUUCACCUAUGAAGCAGUGGAGCUGAUGCCAGCAGGAACACAGGCUCAAGCAGCGUGGAGGAAAAGCUGUGCAUCGUCACCGCAGGCUGUGCUCUGGAGCAGGGCACAGCAGUCUGAAGACAGGUUGCCUUCCACAGGGGUGGUUGAAGUCAAGUCCUCCAGCUCCUCCUCAUCAACCCAUUCUGAUAACUUCCUGAGGAUUGGAAGCAGCCCACUAGAAGUGCCCCGAUCCAGAUCGGCGGACCAUUCUCUGCCCGGAUCUUCCGUUUCCACAGACUUUGGCAGCUGGCAGAUGGUGACAGGGUGUGGCAGUAUUCGGGAGCAGGCAAUCCUGAGCGCAGACGCCUCUCUCCCUUGCAGCUUCCCGGAUGAGUUCCCUAGCACUUGCCUGCUGGUGUCGGCAAGCGACCGUGAGUCCCGGCUGGAGGAAGUGCGUUCCGCCUUUCUGGCCAGCUACAGCCGGACCAUCGGCCUUAAGGCCGUGCCCCCCAGCCCCUCAGGGGCCAUCGGUGGCCUCCUCGAGCAAUUCGCAAGGGGCGUGGGACUGAGAGGCAGCAGCACCCUCUGAACACAGCGUUCCCCGACCACUGCCUGGAAAACCGGGACUGGCGAGUCCCCCUGCAGAGUCCUGGGACCCCCUUCUCGGUGCGGGCACCUGCUGCACCCAGUGCCCGCCGCCGGCCCCCCCCUGCCUGGGGCUGGGGGGUGCGGGGGCUUCGGCGAGUCUCUGCAGUAAAUGACCCGAGCUGUGCCCUC